GGAGAUAAUUGGAGUCUUUGUGCUGCAGAUUACUUCUAAAUGGACAAGUAUAUGCACUCCCCCUAGUUAUUGGAAUGUCAAGACUACAAUUCUGUGUUGUGAGGAUUCAUCACAAAAAGGACUAGGUUUGGUUGUCAGCCUAUCACAAUCCAUCUCCUUUAUUCGGGUGGAGACCGACAAUAUGAGCAAGCUCAUACAAGCAUAUCAUGACACCAAUAAUCAUAUUGCCAUUAGUGUAACUAAUAAAGUUGUUGACAUGUGAGCAGGAGGUCAUGAGUUCGAGCAGUGGAAACAUCCUCUUACAGAAAUGCACGGUAAGACUGCGUACGAUAGACCCUUAUGGUCCGGCCCUUUCUCGGACCCCACGCAUAACGGGAGCUUAGUGCACCGGGCUGUCCUUUUUAAUCGUAUUGCCAUCUCAAUGUGCAAUCUUUGAAAGCUUGGUACCUUCCAGAAGCCUUGUUUCUAUUAUAGGAAAACUAUUUUUUAGCCAAGAGACAUGAUAAAAAUCUGGCUCUCCUUUUGAGUAGAUUUGAAAAUAUGACUCCUCCACCAAAAAGAGAACAUCCCACUUAUUCAAAUAUUUGUCUGUCACACUUAAGAGGGACUCAUUUUCCACAUUCAUCAGUAAACUAAAAUCACUCCCUCCUGCUUUCAAACACCUCUCUCUUCUAGGCCUUUCAUAAUGUCAUUUUGCACACAAAUUUUUCCAGUUUUUCUCUUAUUUCUUCUAAGUCAUACACUUCAAGCUGUUCCAAGUAUCAUUCCACUAAAUAGUUCUUGUACUGAUAAAUGUGGCAGCAUUGUCCUAAAAUAUCCCUUUGGUUCAGGAUUUGGUUGUGGACAUCCUACAUUUUCAAGAUUCAUAAAAUGCACUUCUGGUGUACUUCAGUUUUCAACUGGCACUGGCAUUUACACUAUAUCCACACUAGACUACACAACCAACACACUUAUUUUAACUGACCCCUUUAUGUCAACAUGUUCAUCAAUGCAAAACUCAGGUAGUUUUACGUUGGAUCGUUCGACUCCCUUCAGCAUUAUGAAAGAAAACAUCUUUGUUUUACUAGGAUGUUCUACAACAUCAGCUGUAUUUGAUCCAAAACAAGAUUUGUGUAAUACCGGCUCGGGUUCAAAUGUAUGCAGAGGACUAUAUUCUUGUAAAGGAGUAACAGGAAUUGGUUUAGAACCAAAUGCUCCUAUAUCUACAUGUUGUGUAUAUGAUCCACCAGUUCCUAUUGGUUCAGGUUAUGGUUUAAACUUGCCUAGACUUCAGUGUUCUUCUUAUUCGUCGAUAUAUGGUUUUGGUGGUGAUGAAGGAGAUCCAAUGAAAUGGCAAUAUGGGAUUUCUUUGCAGUAUAAUAAUUCAUAUUAUACUGAUGAUUCUUGUAAGAACUGUGAGGAUAGUGGUGGAAUUUGUGGCUUUUCUGGUUCAGAUGAGUCUUUUGCUUGCAUUUGUAGGAAUGGUGUUAACACUACCAUUAAUUGCUUCGGACGAGGAUAUGCUUGGAGUGGGACAUGGAGAUACAAAAUUCAAACAGAAAUUAGUAUUGGAGGAAUCUUAUUAUUUUGGAUGAUGCUUUUCAUAUAAGGUGGCAGGGAUCUUGUUUUACAUUCAGGAACAUGAAUGGAAGAGCAAACAGUCCAUACAUUCUAUGAAAUUUAUGUCUACCAGGAUUAGACUAAAAUUUACUCAAUCUUGAUGAAAAGUUAUUUCCGUGUGACCUAUAGGUCGCGGGUUCGAGCCGUGAAAUUAGCCACUAAUAUUUGUAUUAGGGUAGACUGCCUACACCAGCCUACAUCACACCCCUUAGGUGCGGCCCUUUCCCAAACCCUACGUGAAUGCGGGAUGGAUCGUGCACUGGACUGCCCUUUUAAUCUUGAUCAAAAGCCAAAAAGUUUGGUUCUGAAAAAUAGAUGACUGUAGCUUUUUUAUAUGAAUUACAUGGCUGUUGGAGUUGUAACAUUCAGUAAAAUGACUUUUCACUCUUUUUCUC